CGCGUCCAGUGACCGGGACAGCGAGGCCCUCGCGUGGCGGGGGCGGCGGCAGACGGCUAGCCACCGUGACCCCCAUUUUGGAUUUACCGCUCGGGGGGUGGGGGGAGCCUGGAUUGAACUGGCGACUGUUUUGGGGGACGCCGGACGCCAUGUUGUGGAAAAUAACCGAUAAUGUCAAGUAUGAAGAGGACUGCGAGGAUCGCCACGACGCGAGCAGCAAUGGGAACCCGCGCCUCCCCCACCUCUCCUCCGCGGGGCAGCACCUCUACAGCCCCGCGCCACCCCUCUCCCAUACUGGAGUCGCUGAAUACCAACCACCACCCUACUUCCCACCGCCCUACCAGCAGCUGGCCUACUCGCAGUCGGCCGACCCCUACUCGCAUCUGGGAGAAGCUUACGCCGCUGCCAUCAACCCCCUGCACCAGCCAGCCCCCACCGGCAGCCAGCAGCAGGCCUGGCCGGGCCGCCAGAGCCAGGAGGGGGCUGGCUUGCCCUCGCACCACGGGCGCCCGGCCGGCCUGCUACCCCACCUCUCCGGGCUGGAGGGUGGCGCCAUGAGCGCCCGCAGGGAUGCCUACCGCCGCUCGGACCUGCUGUUGCCCCACGCGCACGCCCUGGACGCCGCGGGCUUGGCUGAGAACCUGGGGCUGCACGACAUGACGCACCAGAUGGAGGAGGUGCAGAAUGUUGACGAUCAGCACCUGCUUCUGCACGAUCAGACUGUUAUUCGCAAAGGUCCCAUUUCAAUGACCAAGAACCCACUGAGUCUCCCUUGUCAGAAGGAGCUUGUGGGGGCUGUGAUGAAUCCCAGUGAGGUCUUCUGCUCAGUCCCGGGAAGAUUGUCCCUCCUCAGCUCCACGUCUAAAUACAAAGUUACAGUUGCUGAAGUCCAGAGGCGAUUGUCCCCGCCCGAGUGUUUAAACGCCUCCUUGCUGGGAGGUGUUCUCAGAAGAGCCAAGUCUAAAAAUGGAGGCCGGUCCUUGCGGGAGAAGUUGGACAAGAUCGGGUUGAAUCUGCCAGCUGGGAGACGGAAAGCUGCUCACGUCACUCUCCUGACGUCCUUAGUAGAAGGUGAGGCUGUUCAUUUGGCUCGGGACUUUGCCUAUGUCUGUGAAGCAGAAUUUCCUAGUAAACCCGUGGCGGAGUAUCUCACGAGACCCCAUCUUGGAGGGCGGAAUGAGAUGACCGCUAGGAAGAACAUGUUGCUGGCUGCACAGCAGGUGUGUAAAGAAUUCACAGACCUCCUCAAUCAAGACCGAACUCCCAACGGCAACAACCGGCCCACCCCGGUCUUGGAGACAAACAUACAGAACUGCUUGUCUCAUUUCAGCCUGAUCACACACGGGUUCGGCAGCCAAGCCAUCUGUGCUGCUGUGUCCGCUCUACAGAACUACAUCAAAGAGGCUCUGAUAGUCCUAGACAAAUCCUACAUGAACCCCGGAGACCAGAGUCCCGCCGAUUCUAGCAAAACCCUGGAGAAAAUGGAGAAGCACAGAAAAUGAAGGAUGGGCGUGAGCCAAGGGCUGAAAAGAGUCUCGAGGGAAAAGGACUCCACGAUCCGUCUCAGCCCAGACAGACCGGGAACCCUUCUGGCCGGGGGACACGUUGUGACCCACCUUCCCAUGAAAAAGGCCUCCACUCAUUUUUGGAUCUUGACGUGCCCUCCUGGAUUCCUUAGUGUUCUUUUCUCUAGCGCUGAAGUGUGUCUCUAACUCUGGACAAGUUAUCAGAAGGUGACAAGUACUGGUUCUUUGUUCAUUAAGCUCAUUUUAUUCUUUUGAACCCCAUUCUUUUCUCUGAACAUGGUGCUACAAGUUUUAGAACCUUUUAAAUAAAUUCCCUGGGCUCGCGAGAAAACCCA